UUCACUGAGAACUUGAGAUGGUCCUCACUGCGGAACAUGAAAUUGUCGGGCGUCUUUUCUGAACUUUGCUACUCCUCCCCCACUGAUGACUCUCGCAUUUCAGGCAAAGCUCAUCUCAAAAGAACCUAUUUUUCGGAUCUUACACUGAAUGGAGUAACUCUGACCUAGGCCAAACUACAGGGUCCGUAAUCAUUUUUAUCAUCGCUCUUCCACAACAUUUCCAACGGGUUUCAGCGGAAUUUAUUCAGCUCUGAAUUAUUUUUAGCACAAUUGAGUCCCUCGAAGUAUGAGUCUGCAUCUUUCUUCUUUUCCAUCAGAAAAGCCAACCUCUUUUCUAGCAGUCUAUGGAAAAGACGUAGAAAACUAGAAUAUUGUUGCAUAAUGUUGCGUUUUUUGCUAACAAACAGUUUGAGCUGUUAAAGAAGAUGGUUUGCACAUCUUUAUUUUUUUGCUCAUGGCUUUUAGGAGUUUUAAAGUUGACACAGCAGCAACUACAUUCAAAUACUGUAGCCAGCUCAACAGCAAAUGGUGUGUCUGGUGUUUAUACAGAUGAAACUGAGACGAUAUCAGUAAUGGAGGGAGAUUCUGUCACUUUACACACUGGUGUCACUGAAAUACAGAGAGAUGAACAGAUACUGUGGACAUUUAGACAUCAAAAGUCAGAGACUCGUAUCGCUGAAAUCUAUAAACAGAUCAUCUCUAUAUAUGAUAGUGUUGAUAAUGAGAGAUUCAGAGGCAGAUUACAGAUAGAUGAGAAAACAGGAUCUCUGAACAUCACAAAUAUCAACACAUUACACUCUGGACUUUAUAAACUACAGGUCAUCAGUGAAAAGGUCAAACACAUGAGCUUCAAUAUUGCUGUCUAUGCGCUUUUAACUGUUCCUGUCAUCAGUGAUUCGCUGCAAAAACCUUCAGUAUCAGAAAAAUCAUCUAGUCAGAAUUGUUCACUGGUGUGUUCAGCUGAAAAUGUGAGUGAUGUGACUCUCUCCUGGUAUAAAGGAAUCAGUGUAUUGUCCAACAUCAGUGUGUCUGAUCUCAGCAUCAGUCUCUCUCUACCUCUGGAGAUUCAGUGUCUGGAUGAUUCAUACAGCUGUGUAGUGUCUUAUUCAUUCACCAACCGAACUACACACCUCAACAUCACUGAUCUCUGUCAGGCGUGUCCAGAAGCCAGACAACAUGUAUUUAUCACGCUGAUAAUGGUUGGUUUGGUGGUCGUGAUCAUAGCGGGGGUUGUGUUGAUGUAUUGUUGCUGUAAAAACAACAAACAAGCGAAACGAAAAGCUCAGACAACCGAGGAAGAGGUCGUUUAUACUGAUACGACGUUUACCACGCAGAGAGCUUUAGAUGCGGAGACUAAUAGACGGGAUGAGACCGAGUAUUCAAGAGUUGUUUUGAGAUGAUAACCAACCACACAGUCUGUUAUUGUACAGCUCUGUUAUUAAAUGAUAGACAGAGCAUGUUGGAGCACACCUGGCAAUGCUUCAUUACUCAUUCAUGUCUAGACGUGAGUAGAGCUGGUUUGCGUGCCUAGUAGUUAGUAUUAUUAUACAGCCAUCAUAAUACUACCCUAUUCCAUGAGUCAGAGAUAAAGAGAAAGAAGUCGACUCAGAAAACAUCUAUGUUUUCACCUAUGGUAGUAAGUAAUGAGAGCAACAUGCAUUUAAUGACCCGUUGAAUGUGUGUGUAAAGCCAAGGCCUCCCUCUACUGACUGUAAGUGAUACUUACAAGAAUCACUAUGAUGGAUUUUGCUGGUUAUCAUGGAUAAGUAAUCAAGUUAGUCUCUGCUUGUUCUGUACAUAACUGUAACUGCACAAGAUGAGGAGCAAAAGCAAGAUCUAAGGAAAAAUUUCUUAUAAUGUUAAUCUGAGAUGAUUUUGUUUAUUGUCAUGUCAGUGAAUAUGGUACUUUUGCAAAGAGUCAUUUUUGUAAAGAGUCAUGUCAUUAAGUGAUGUUAAAUAGUGGGUUGAUGUAAUGUCAUGCGAAAGUGUUGAUUUUUAUAAAAGCAUUCAGUGUACAUUACUAGUACUUUAUAAUGAUGUUGUAAUCAUUGCUGUGUUUUGCUUAUUUGCUGAGAAAUAAAUAUUUCUAAACUUUUACUCUGUA